CGUAUGUCUUGGACGAUUGGCGACUGGCGUGAAAUUUUUAUAUUUAAUUUCUAAGGAAGAAUGAGCCGCAAAUGAAAACAUGUCAAUUAGGGAAAAUCUCGCAGAACUUGGCUGGCACAUUACUCAAGAAGGUUUCGAUACUAUUAGUGAGAACGGAACAAUUCAGGAUGUAGAUGUUCUGACCAAACGAGCUUUAGAUUACGACCUGCGGGAUAUUGGCGAGGCCGCGUUUCCUGAGGAUUUCCCUAAGGAUCCGUCGAAGCUCGAGAAACCGAUCGUCGUGCAAAUACAAAAGAUACGGAAUGUGUCGGCACCGAAAGCUAAUGAAGAAUCUAAUUAUGCGCCACGAAUGUUAAAAUUGAUCUUAAAUGACGGGAAAAGUUCAUGCACUGGAUUGGAGACAAGCCCAAUCUCUAGUAUAAGUAUAAAUACGCCGCCGGGAACCAAAUUGUUGCUGAAGAAUGAGGGGUUGGAGGUGUGCCAUGGGGUCAUCUGGCUCACACCCAGUGUGGUCACCGUGUUGGGGGGUAAAGUGGCCCACAUGAUCGAGAAAUGGGAGUUGGUCCGGAGUCUUGCCAAGCACACUAGGGGGGGAGUAGGAGUGGACGGUGGCCCUCCACCGUGGAUCCCAUUUGGUCAACGUCUAGAAGCCGUCACUGUGGACAAACAGUUCAAGAGCAUACAAGAAGCAUCCAAGCAGGACAAUGCAGAGUUUGAGGCACAAAGAAAAGGUGCUAUCGCUGAAGCCCAGAGGUUGUCUGGAGUUAAGAAGGUCUUUGGCGGAGGCACGAAACCUCUGCUGGAUGCUAAUGUGCAGAAAAUCAUUGAUGCAGGCUUCACUGAGGAGCAGGCAGAGAAUGCCCUGCGGUAUACAAAAAAUAAUGUUGACCGGGCUCUUAGGAUGCUGCAAAAGAGGGACAACUCUGAGAAUAGAAGAGAGAGGCAGCAAAAGGAACCCGAGCAACCGAAGCGCAAGGGGCGUAACAAGGAGGCUAACGAUGACGACAACAUUGCCGUCAAACCCUCUGGAAAAGUAUCUCUGUUUGACUUCUUAGAAGAUAAACUACCCAAUGUUCCCGAAAAAGACAAGAGCAAUCGUCAAUAUAACAAUAAUACCAAUGACGACAGGGAAAGUAGGAAUUACAGGGACAGGGAUAGCAGGGAUAGAAACAGCGGUAAAAACAAUCAACGGCCCCAAGGAUCGCGGUACGAGGGCAACCACAGGCACCGGAACGACCGGGGACACUACAACGACGGCCACCACUCGCACAGAGAGGACCGGAAAUAUCAGCCACCAAACGAGAAACCACCUCGCUUCCAGAAAAAGCUUGAGGAAAAGAAUAAACAACACCAGCAGCAACAGCAACAACAACAGCAAGGGAAUUAUAAUUUAAAUACUAAUCCGUACGGGAACUCUUAUAACAACCCGCCGCAACCCCAAUACGGAGAUAGGAAUAUGCGUAACGAUAGAGUGAACGACAAGAUGCAGCCUCAAUACCGGAACAACAACCACAUGGAUAGCUUGACGGAGGCGACGGCGAGCAUGAGCCUUCUGAGCCAGCGCGCGGACGAACGCUACGUCGGCGAGCAGUUCCAGAAGCCGUACAUGCCGGCGCCCGCCGCGCGCGACAUCCCGCCCUUCCGCCGCGCCAACGACGCGCCCAAGUACCAGGAGCCCUACCAGCGGCGGCAGCAGCAGCCUAAUGGGUACAUGGAGGCGGCGUGCAUGUACGGAGGCCCGGCGGCCGCGCAGGCGCCGAGCCCCGCGUCGGCGGCGCCGGCGGGCGUGGGCUACAACUACUCGCGGCCGCUGUACGCGCACGCGCCCGCUCCCGCGCCCGCGCCCGCGCACGCGCACGCUCCCGCGCACGCGCACGGCCAUGGCCAGUACGCGCGCGAGCGCGGCCCCUUCCUGCCCGGCUCGCUGCUCGGCUUCCAGAACGCGGCCGUCAACGAGCAGGCGCGCGCCAUGCUGGGCGUGGCCGAUAUACGCUGGAAGGUCGGCGACCGCUGUCUGGCGCUCUACUGGGAGGAUAACAACUUCUAUGAAGCAGAGAUCACCGGUAUAUCCGCUAACACGGUAGUAGUCAAAUUCUGUGCGUAUGGCAACCACGAAGAAGUUCUUAAAUCCAAUUGCCUGCCAUUCCCUAAUCAAGCGGCUCCAGCGCCGGCGGUGGCGCCGGGCGUGGGCGGGUACCUGCGGGGCGGCGGGUUCCCCGCGCGGCGCGCCUAGGCCCGCGGCGCGGCGCCCGCACGCGCGCGCGCCGCGCAGCUGACCGCCGCCGCGCCGCACCCGCGCCGGGUGACGUCGUCGGUGGCGGCCGACUGCCAGGCCCCCGUCACCGGGUGACGUCGUCGGUGGCGGCCGACUGCCAGGCCCCCGUCGUUCUCGCCCGGCCGCCCGGCGGUAUGUGAAUAUUUAUCUUUGGGAUCAUCCGGCGGUGAAAAAGCGAUGGUCGGCCUCCGCGGGAGCACGGUUUAAUUUUUAACACGUGGGUCUUUAAGGCUCUGAAUGAUUACUUAUGAGACGUUGGGUUUUUUCGCCUCGUGCCUAAAAAAAAGAUCGACAGCCGUUCGGUCGUCGCCCUCCUUCUCGAUUAAUAUUUAUUCUAAAAUUCGAUAUGGGUAAGAGAGGCUGCGAGAUACGUAUGAACCCUUCACGCGCUGAUUUGGGUUAACUGCUAGUAAUAUAUUAGCUAUUGAACGCAAAUAAAUAUGUAUUUCAACGUAUGUACUCGCGGGCCGAUUAAUGUUGAUCGAUGUUACCCGUAUACCACUCUUACCUGAUUGACCUUAUCUAAUUUGUGCGACUGUAAAUUCGACGAUAACUUCAGAUCUAUGCGAUAACCCUCAGUGUCUAUACCGAUGAAGUUUUAAUAGUAUCACAUGGCCCCUGAACGCUGAAGUUCACAGAUUACAAACACCUCUCCACCGAGCUUGUGAGGUGAAAACUAAUUUUACGCAUCUCUUUUAUUAGACUCACGAAAAUAGUCAGAACUGCUUGCUAUCUCGUUACUUACUGGACAGGUGCCAUACAAGUAAACUAAGAGCUAUAAUGGAUCUAUGUUUAUCUGUAGACAAAAGUUUUCUUUCUCACUUGUACGGGUAAUGGCAGCUCCAAAAUACUUUAGUAUAUUGUUUUUGCUAUACGGCCUAACAUGCCUACUCUUAUCUGUUUUAAUACUUCUGGAUCCUUUAUACUCGUAGUUCCGAUUCUACAUUUCUGUAUUAAUAUUUCACGGAACGACACCUAUAUUAAAUCUCUUUACGCUAUACAUUGAAAUAGAUAUCAUACACGAAAAAAAAACGACAAGGCCCAUUCUCUACAAGGCUCUUUACGCUAUUUCAACUAUAAAAGCGCUAGUUCAUUUUUGUUAACAACAAUUGAGAGUAAUCUUGGAUCAUAUUAAAUAAACUUGAAAUAUUAUAAUUACAACAGAAUCUAUUACGCACGAAUAAAGAGUCCUUUUGAGUCAUGUGACAUUCGCCAAUCAAAAUAUGUACCUACCUUUAAUUUGGAAAAUAAUAGUCAUGGUCGUGAGUUCAAGCCUCCUUGGUUCUCCUUGGCUCAAUGGUUCUAAUGAUUCUGAUUCGGAAAAAAUACAAAAAGAGGGUAUAUGGUCAUGUUCGUCAGGUCGAACAUUGUCCAUUUGAGCGCAGUCACAAAAGCGCUCUCCUGAUUUUGCCCUAAAAACUUGAGUUAAGUACUAUAGGCUACUUUCCUCCUAGUCAAAUCAGUUUCUUUUUAAGAACUGUCAAAACGACUUUGAACGACUUGCUAAAAUAUGGAAUUAAUACGAAAUCGAAUUGAGUGACGUCACGGUCA